AUGAAUAUAGCCAGAAGGCUGGUGUCAAAGAAGAAGAAGCGUUAUCAAGAAGGAGGAUUUGAUUUGGACUUGACCUAUGUCACUCCAAAUAUCAUUGCGAUGGGAUUUCCCAGUGUCGGAAAGGAAGCUCUCUUUAGAAAUCCAAUGGAUGAAGUCCAACGAAUGUUAAAAAGAAAUCAUGGAGAUCACUACAAGGUCUAUAAUUUAUGUUCUGAAAAAACUUAUGAACCAUCUUCUUUUGAUGGAAGAGUUGAGAGAUUUCCAUUUGAUGAUCACAAUGCUCCUCCUUUUGAAAUCAUGUUACCCUGUUGUAGAAGUAUGGAUGAAUGGUUGAAACAAGAUCCAAGAAAUGUUGCCAUCAUUCACUGUAAAGCUGGAAAGGGAAGAACUGGAACGAUGAUUUGUGCCUAUCUUCUCUAUUGUGGUGCUCAUAAAACACCAGAAUCAAGUAUGGAUUUCUAUGCAGAAUCAAGAACUCGUAAUAAGGAAGGUGUGACCAUUCCCUCUCAGAGACGUUAUGUCAAUUAUUUUUAUGAAUAUUUAAAAAAUGGAAUUCAAUAUCCGAGACCUAAUCUAUCUCUCUAUUUAGAUUUAAUGAUUUUAUUGAAUCCACCUCAAUCUAUUCUUGGUGGAACAUUUAAACUUGUGAUUAAUGACAAAGAUGGAAAUACCAUAUUUUCAUACAAGUAUAAAUCUAAAAAAGAAAGUGAUACAAUUAUUACUGUUCCAUUAUUAACCUCACAUAACAGUAAGAGAGUACCACUCACAGGUGAUUUGAAAGUAUUAUUUUAUGAAAUUAAUUUGACCACCUCUAAACAAUUAUUCCAUUUUUGGGUGAAUACCUUCUUUUGUCCUCAGAACAAUAUUUUAGUAUUACAGAAAAUUGAAAUUGAUAAGAUUAGUCGAAAGAGUACCUUCCCUGAUGAUUUUAGACUCGAGUUGCAAUUCAGUGAGGCACCACCCGGUGAGGUUGAGGCUUAUUAUUCAUCUCAAAAAAAACUCAACUCUAGUCCAUUACCCAGUGCGGGCGCCUAUAAGAAACCACCACCACCCUCCUCAAGUAGUCCUUCCUUACUUCCAUCUUCAACUCCGAAUGUAGGAACCUCUCUGGCAAGGAAUGUUGGUGAACAAUCAUCAAACAACAACGAUCAGAAUUUAGACUCUAACAAUUCCGAAGAGAAUUUGGUUGAGGAUGAUGAAGAUGAGGAAGAGGAAGAUGAGUCAUGUACUCCAUUAUCUUCAUGUAUGAUUGGUGAAGAUGAUGAUGAUGUCAUCAAUGUAGACGAUGGUGCAGAUGCUUACUCUUCUGGAUGCGAAUAUAAUGAUGGCUAUAUUGAUGAGGAAGAUUUUAUUCAAAAAUUGGAAUUGAAAUAUAAUCAAAUGAGAAAUAAUUAG